UAUCAGACCAUAAAAAAAUGUAGUAAAAUGCAGGUUAAAAAUUGUUUCCCGAACAAUUUCUUGUAUAAAACAUAAAUUGCGGGAAAAAGGUUCAAUACGAUCUUCAAAAGAUUUGUUUAAACAAUUUAAAAAGGAAUGCAUUUACAAGAGAGGCUGCACACAUAUUCGAGAAGGCCCUCAAAAGGUUAGAAUUUUUUGAAAGGAAAAUCCAAUUUCGAAGAUGACAGAAGACAGUGGAAUUGACAGUGAUCCAAAAAACAAUGUCAAUGUAGAGGACGAAACUUUAUUUGUGGGUAGCGACAGCAGUUGCGGUAGUAAUCACGCAAUUCAACAACGUCGUAGUACGACAAAACAGCUGCAGAAAAAACUAGAAGCACGCAUUGAACAAGCAAAAAGAAUUCAAAGAAAUUCAGAAUAUAUGAAGCUUCCUAAUAAUGAUGAUGGUAGUCUAAGUCCUGGUAUUGGAAUUAUUCCUAUACAAAGGUUGUCUAUUCCGCAAAAAAGGAAAAAUCAUCACCCUCUUGUAGAAUUAUGGCAUAGUGAUAGUGAAAGUGAAGAGGAAAUGACGCUUUUUCCUGCACUCAGAUCUAAAGAUUCGUUUAAGCACAAACAAGAACUCACUGAUAUCUUCAGUAUUGAAGAAUUGAGUGAGGGAAGCGAAGACUCUCUACAUUUAGGAUAAGUAGAAUCAAAUCAACCUCAUACGAAAACUUACACUCCAUCUGGUUGUUUUUCUUGUAAAUGUCAGGUUUUAUAAUAACUUUAUCUACAAUGCUUAUGAGAUAGAAUUGUAAAUUACUAUUCUUUUAUGCGCUAAAUUCGAACAAAAUUAUAAUAGAUUUUAAAUAGUACAGCCCUUUUAGUUGUAAUGUAUAAAGAGAGAUUUCAAAAGCAAAU